GUCCUCGGGUCAUUCAGAAAUGAUUGUGUCGCUUGAGCACGAAGCCCAGUGAACAGCGCUCCACCUUAAAACCAGACAAGCCUCCAACAGGAAGUGAACAGCCAGCCAAUCAGAGCAGCCCAAACAGCAGCGCAUUCUACAUUGUUUUAGGAGACUGACAGAGUAUGGCUGAUGGUGGAGGUGUUGUUGAAGGGGAUGUUGAUGAACCUCCCAGCAUGAGCUGUCCACUGGUCACUGUUUCACAUCUACCAAACACCACUGCAGCUGGUCGUAACCUGAAGGAAUGGCUCCAAGAGCAAUUCUGUGACAAGCCUCUGGAACAGUGUGAGGACAUGCGUCUACAUAACGCUGCCUAUGUUGGAGAUCUGGACACUGUCAAGACCCUCCUUCAAGAAGACAGCUUCAAGCAACGGAUCAAUGAGAAGUCAGUUUGGUGCUGUGGUUGGCUGCCCUGCACGCCCUUGCGUAUUGCGGCAACUGCGGGUCAUGGCAAAUGCGUGGAUUUCCUCAUCUCUCAGGGAGCUGAAGUGGACCUGGUGGAUGUGAAAGGUCAGACUGCUCUGUAUGUUGCUGUGGUUAAUGGACACCUGGACUGUGUGAAGAUCCUUCUGGAAGCUGGUGCUGAUCCAAACGGCAGCAGGCACCAUCGAAGCACCCCAUUGUACCACGCUGCACGAGUGGGCCGAGUGGACAUCCUGCAAGAGCUCAUCAGGUACAAUGCCGAUGUUGAUGUGGAUCACCAGCUGGGCCCCAGGCCCUUGUUCAGCGCCCGCACUCUGUCAACUCUGGUGGUCUGUCCGCUGUACAUCAGCGCUGCGUACCACCACCUCCACUGUUUCCGGAUGCUUCUGCAGGCCGGUGCCAAUCCGGACUACAACUACACUGGCCCCGUGAGCAGGGAAGCUCUUGCAAGGGGCCUGGCCUCCUGUCUUCUGGAUGCAGUUCUGAGACACGGCUGUGAACCAGCCUUCGUUAGCUCACUGCUGGACCAUGGUGCUGACCCGUGGCUGGUCCCUUGGGGCGAGCUUGACCCUGAUGCCAUGGGUCGUGUAAGAGUUAACCCUGAGGCUCUUCGCAUCUACCAGGAGGCCAGAAGACACCCAAGGAAACUGACCUACAUGUGCCGCGUUAAAAUCCGGGAAGUCGUGGGCAAGCAGCGCCUAUCAAGUAUCGCUUCCCUUCCGCUGCCAGACACCAUCAAAAACUUUCUGCUCCAUACAGACUGAUGCGGCACUGCUGCUCCAUGGAGACCGGCAGUUGUAAUGGCAAGGUAAAUGGAGGUGAUGGGCAAUGCAACUUGAGGUUAAUGUUUAACUUGUUCUGAGUUUCUGAAGAUCGGAGGCCUUUUCUGUUAUCGCUGUUAUGCUUCAAGCUCUUUAAAGUCAAUGUGGAAGUGUUUCGCAAGCCAUUUUACUUCCAUAAUUUGACAUAUUUCAAGUUGUUCAAUGAUAAAAAUGGAGAACUUGAUUUUAUCCAUCUGGAAUUGAUUGGAUCGUGAAUAGUGGGCAUUGCGUAUCAAAAUGUAGGAUGAGAGUUGGAAACGUAGUUAAAUUUAAGUGAUUUCAAAUGAAAGCUUAUUAGUGUGAACAUUUCAUAUAUCGCAUGCCUUUAUUAUUUAUCUUAUUUGAAUUUUUUACAUUAGUUAAAAUGACUAUAUUUAUUGGUGUCUUUGAUUUAUAUUGCUGUUGCCACUGUUUUAUAAAACCUUUGCAUUGUGCUGCAGAACUCCCCUUACUCAUUGUAAUAUCACUGUAUACUCUGUGGCCUCUUGUGGCUUAUUGCUUUAGCAAAAACCUUGUUAAAGGUGAAAUCUGUAGUUACUGCGAUUGGCAAGUGAAUUUCACCUGAACAGAAAUGCUUCUGUAUAUUUAAUUCCUGUUUAAACUGAACUUCUGUAUGUGGUGUUGUGAGUUAAGCAUGCUGGAAAAAAAAAAAAAGAGUUUGUUAUAAUUUAUUAUUUAUGAAUACACCUGCCCUCUAUAUUCAACAAGACUUAUCAGAUUGAUAUCAGUUUUCUUUUUCUUAUAUGCUGCAUAUAACAUUACCAUAUUUAACAACAUAACAAUACAUGACUUGAAUUGUUUUCAAAAUGAUUAUGAAAUCUGUGCAUUUUGAUAGACGUACAGUAUACUGUAUGUGCUUCUAUUCACCUUCAUGUCCUACUGGGAGUUGCUUUAAUUUGACCCGUAUGGUUUCAUUUAAAAAAACUGAAUACUGAAAUUAGAAAACCUAUUGCACAAAUCUCCCUGGUCCCACUGGCUUUGUUUAAUUGUUUGUAUUUAGCUUUAUGGUUUCUCCUUUACCCUAAGGAGCUGUUGUUAUCCUUUGCCUCUCAGCAUUUGAAUUAUUGUUAAAGCUCAUGACUAAACGUUUAUAUCCAUUCAGUGGGAUCCAAAAGUCUUAGAAAACUAUAGCACAUGUUUUUGUAAAAUUUUGUUUUUAUUAAAAAUUAUAUUAUCAGCACAGCAAUUUGCUUUUGCUUCAAUGGCAGCAUGCACUCAAGCUGGCAUGAACUCCACAAGUUUGUGCCAGACCUUAUGAUCAUGUUUCCAGCAUAAUUUGAGAACGAUCCAAAGAGCAUCUUGUAUACUUCAAUGGAAGCAAGAAAAUUUGACCUUUUGUACAAAGAAGUUAACAUGAUUAAAGGGAUAGUUCACCUAAAAAUGAAAAUUCUCUCAUCAUUUAUUCACUCUCAAGCCAUCCCAGAUGUGAGUGACUUUCUUCUGCAGAACACAAAUUAAGAUUUUUUGAAAUCUGUAGGUCCAUACAUGACCAGAACUUUGAAGCUCAAAAAAAAGCACAAAAUCAGCACAAAAUCAGCAUAAAAGUAAUCCAUACGACUCUAGUGGUUAAAUCCAUGUCUUCAGAAGCAAUAUGAUAGGUGUGGUUAAGAAACAGAUCAAUACUGAAAUCUUUAAGCUCUGACCAGUAGGUGGCGAUAUGCACGAAGUAUACAAAGAGCCAAAAAAACAAAAGAAGGAUGUGAAAGUGAAAGUGGAGAUUUACAGUAAAAAGGGCCUAAAUAUUUACCUGUUUCUGGACCGGAGCCGAGAUCUUAUUCUAAACAAAUCUUAAUUUGUGUUCUACACAUCUGGAAUGACAUGAGGGUGAGUAAAUGAUGAGAGAAUGUUCAUUUUUGGGUGAACUAUUCCUUUAAAGUCACAGAUUUGCCUUCAUCUGAUUAGUGACCUAAAAAUAAUGCAUACGCGUAAAUAUUUCUCCUUCAUUUUACAUUAUACUGUAACUAUUUAUUUAUUUAUUUAUUUAAAACAUUGUUUAUUUACAGGAUCAAAUGAGAAAAACCACAGAUUGUCAGUAUGGCCUCUGUAUAUUUAAGUAUAUAUCCGUAUAGAAACAUAAUUUACAUUUGGCACAACAGUGAUCUAUAUUUCCUGCAAGAUCUAUCAUGUCUUCACAGAAGCACUGCCCACUCAUUUCUCAGGGGUCUUAGUAGAUAUCAUGAAGAGUUAUCAUAUCUUACCAUCCUAUAAUUGUCCCUAAUAUCCCAGAUUCCACUGAGGUUUUCCCAGAUAUCCCAGAUUUCCCAGGCCUCAUCAAUCUAGACCAUUCCCUGUGUACAAUUGCCUGUUUUCCUUGUCAAACUAUAACUUCAGUGUUCAGUGACAUUAAAACCACAUCUUGUUGAAAACCACAAACUGUGGAAAAAGCAAAGCCUGGGAAAGACCAAGAUCUGCCAACAAAUCGCCCAGUGGACUUGUAGAGAACUGCAGUCCCUGUAUCAAUGGCUGCCCAAUAAGGGAAAGGUGUGUUCACACACUCAUAAAUACACUCUUGUUUGUGAAUGCCCUGUAUGAAUUUCCCCUCUGUGCAUUGUUGCUGUUAUUCUGCCAAUAAACACUUGAACAUUUAUAAAAUCUCCUUUUAUCUUAUAAG